AUGGAUCUGCUGGAUACUCUCUUCCAUGCUGCCAUGGCCGGAGAUGUUGAUGCCAUUGCUGAAUUGGAGAUGGUAGCUGAUACACUGUUCCAAGAUGAAGAAACUAUCCUUCACCAGCAACCGAAGAAGGGAAAUACAGAACAUGAUGAUGAUAAUUCAGUUACUUCUUUUCAAGCUUUUCUCAGGCAAGCUGAUAAAGAUUCGGACACGGCCUUACAUGCAGCAGUCAUGAAAGGAAACCUAGCUAUUGUUAGGCUAUUAGUAGAGGCCGACCCGACUGAUACACAUAUUGAAAAUGAUCUAGGUAAAACACCAAUGUACAUAGCUGUGGAACAGGGGAACAAUGAUAUUGUCGAGAUAAUCUCUACAACUUGCACUGCUCCGUCUUUGCUCGGACCUCAUUUUAGUGCUCUUGUGCGUAUGGAAGAUAUGGAGCAAGCUAAGAGCCAUGGUGGAAGCCUCUACAAGAUUAUGGAUAAAGAUGCUCUGUAUGCGGCUGCCAUGGGUAGAAAUGCUGAUGCCAUAGCUGCACUGGAGAUGCAUGCUGAUAAAGUGAGCAGAUACUCCGAAGAAACCAUCCUUCACACUGAGUCCAAAACCAGAAAUACAGAACAAGUGCGAUUUAUAUUGAGGGAGUUUGCAGACAAAAACCUUCUGGUCAAGCUUAACAAAUUUAAACAGACCGCACUUCACUUGGCAUCGUAUGAAGGACACACAGAAGUGGCUGAGGUCCUCAUUAAUGCUGCUACCCAUUUGCUGCCUCGUCCACAUGAUGAUAAUAUUGAUGAUGAUAAUCCACUUACUUCAUUCCAAGCUUUCAUUAGGCAAGCUGAUAACUAUAUGGAGACUGCCUUACAUGAAGCAGUUGAGAAGGGUAAUGUGGCCCUUGUUAAGCUUUUAGUAGAGGCGGAUCCAAGUGAUACACAUAUCCAAAAUAAUCAAGGCAAAACACCGAUGUAUAUAGCUGUGGAACAAGGGUUGAAUGGUAUAGCAGAGGUAAUCUCUACAACUUGCAUUUCUCCAUCUUUGCUCGGACAUCAUUGUAGUAUGGUUGUGCAUGACAAGACUUUAAUUUCGUCCAAGUUUAUCUUCUGGUUGCGUUCAGCCCCCCUAACACUUAAUCCUGGUUCCGCCACUGAUGAUGACUCCAGACACAUGUUUAUGUAUGUAGCUAACAGCCCGGGUGGAACCCUCUACAAAUUUAUGCGCAGAGAUGCUCUGUAUGCAGCUGCCAUUGCCGGAGAUGCUGAUGCCAUAGCUACAUUGGAGAUGCAUGCUGAUAAGCUGGACACAAAUGACAGAACUAUCCUUCACACUGAAUCCGAAGAAGGAAAUACAGAACAUGUGCGCUUCAUUUUGAGGAAGUUUGCACACAAAAAUCUUUUGCCCAAGCUUAGUACAUAUAAGCAUACAACACUUCACUUGGCAAUUUAUCAAGGACGGACUGAAGUGGCUGAGGUCCUCAUUGAUGCAGCUCGCCAUUUGCCACCUCUUUUAGAUGAUGAUGUUAAUCCAGUUACUUCUUUUCAAGCUUUUCUCAGGCAAGGUGAUAAAGAUUUGGACACGGCCUUACAUGCAGCAGUCAUGGAAGGACUCCUGGAUAUUGUUAAGCUACUAGUAGAGGCCGACCCGACUGAUACACAUAUUCAAAACCAUGAGGGAAAAACACCAAUGUACAUAGCAGUAGAGAAAGGGUUGAAUGAUAUAUCAGAGAUUAUUUCUUCAACUUGCACUGCUCCAUCUUUGCUCGGACCUCAUUGUAGUACUCUUGUGCGUAUUAAAAAUCUGGACCAAGCUAAGAGCCCUGGUGGAAGCCUCUACAAGAUUAUGGAUAAAGAUGCUCUGUAUGCCGCUGCCAUUGCUGGAGAUGCUGAUGCUAUAGCUGCGUUGGAAAUGCAUGCUGAUAAACUGAACGGAUACGAAGAAACUAUCCUUCACACAGAGUCCGAAAACGGAAAUACAGAACACGUGCGGUUUAUAUUGAGGGAGUUUGCAGAAAAAAACCUUCUGGUCAAGCUUAACAAAUUUAAACAGACUGCACUUCACUUGGCUUUGUCUAAAGUACACACUGAAGUGGCUGAGACCCUAAUUGAUGCAGCUAGAUAUUUGCCUCCUUCAGCUAAUGAUAAUCCAGUAACUUCUUUUCAAGCUUUCCUUAGGCUCGGUGACAAAGAUAUGGAUACUGCCUUACAUAUAGCAGUCAUCAAUAAUCAUAUUGCAAUUGUUAAGCUAUUACUAGAGGCCGAUCCAGGUGAUACACAUGUUCAAAACCAUAAAGGUAAAACACCAUUGUACAUAGCUGUGGAAAAGGGGUACAACGAUAUAGUAGAGAUAAUCUCUACAACAUGCCCAGCUCAAUCUUUGGACGGACCUGAUGGUAAUACGGCUCUGCGUAUAAAGAAUCUCGAUCAAGGUAAGAACCCUGGUGGAGCACUAUAUGAAAUUUAUGAUAUUAAAGCUGUUUUGUAUGCGGCUGCCAUUGCGGGAGAUGCUGAUGCCAUAGCUAAAUUGGAGACGGAAGCUGAUAGACUGAACAAAGAUGAAGAAACUAUCCUUCAUGUUGAAUCAAAGAAAGGAAAUUUAGAAAAUGUGCGAUUCAUUUUGAGGGAGUUUGCACACAAAAAUCUUUUGGUCAAACUGGAUAAUCAAAAAGAGACUGCACUUACUUGGGCUGCAUAUUUUGGACACACUGAAGUCGCUGAGGUCCUCAUUGAUGCAGCUAGAAAUUUGCCUCCUUCAGAUGAUGAUAAUCCAGUAACUUCUUUUCAAGCUUUCCUUAGGCUUGGUGACAAAGAUAUGGACACUGCCUUGCAUAUAGCCGUCAUAAAUAAUCAUAUAGCAAUUGUUAAGCUAUUAGUAGAGGCUGAUCCAAGUGAUACACAUAUUCAAAACAAUGAUGGUAAAACUCCAAUUUACAUAGCUGUGAAAAAAGGGUACAAGGAAAUAGUAAAAUUAAUCUGUACAAGUUGCACAGCUCCCUCUUUAAAAGGUCCUGGUGUUAAAACUGCUUUGCACGCUGCUAUCAAAGAUCCCGACCACGAUAAUGAAGUGGUUGAGAUCCUCAUUGGUGCAGCUAGACUUUUAUCUUCUUCUGAUGAUGAUGAUUCUCAAAGUCCAGUAAGUUCUUUUCAAGCUUUCCUCAGGCAAGGUGAUAAAGAUAUGAACACUGCCUUACACAUAGCGGUGAUGCAAGGUAACUUGGCUACUACUAAGAUAUUAUUAGAGGCCGACCCAAGUGAUCCACAUCUUCCAAACAAUAAAGGUGAAACGCCAAUGUACAUAGCCGCGGAAAAAGGUUACUCUGAUAUUGUGAAGAUGAUCUGUACAACUUGCACUUCUCCAUCUAAUUUGGAUGGUCCCUGUGGUACUGCUCUGCAUGCUGCUAUAAAGAAUCUCGAUCAAGACAAGAAAGAAGACAUAGAUGUGAUUAGAGUGAUCAUCAAAGCAAUGAAAUGGAUGGGUUCUGGGGAGGAUUCGGACUCAGAUGAAUGGGAUGAGGACACGUAUGAACAUUCAGUCGAAUUAUUUAGAAAAACUGACGAGAAUAGAUGCACUUGUUUAGAACUGGCGGUGGACCGGAAUUAUGCUAAUAUAGUUGAGCUAAUAUUAGCAGAAAACCCAAUAUAUCAAUCUUGGAAUGCUCCCGAUUUUAUUGAUCUAAUGCCUCUAAUUUACCGAGCCAUGGACAAAGAGUACACAGAUAUUGUCAAGUUACUCACGAGCAGCUACGAAAGAGGAGCUGAUAUUACUUAUUCAUACGACGAUAUGGCGGCUUUGAUUUCUGCUAUUAAAGGCCGCAAAAGAGAAUCCGUCUUCAGGCUGUUGGAUGAUUGUGCCGAUGAGCUUGUAACCUUUGUUGACAAUCUGGGUUGGACAGCACUUCACCAUGCAGCAUAUCACGAAUUUGAUGCAAUAAUUUACCCCUUGAUAAAAGCACAAAAAGAAGUUGAGAAUCAAUUUCUGUAUGAAGAUAUGAUAUUAACACCGUUUCAUGUGGCAGCGGAGAAAGGAUAUACUUCUACAGUAAUACUUCUUAUGCAGUUAUGGCCAUCUUCAUCUUCAGCAUAUAUUGCUGUUGAUAAAAAUGGACAGAAUAUACUCCACUUGGCCGCAUUACAAAGUAAAAAAGAGAUGAUAGAAGGUAUACUAAAUUAUUGUCCAGAAAAGCACAAGGACGAGCUUGUGAAUAAGCAGGAUAACAGUGGCAAUACACCUCUUCAUAUUCUUAUCCGCCGUGGUUGUUUUGUCCCCGAACUCAUGAAAUAUGAAGGGCUGGAUAUAGUGAAGAAAAACAAAGAGAAAUGGACUCCUCCGGACAUGUUGUAUUUUGAAGACCAAAUUAUUGAUGAGCAGGUACAAAUCAAAGUUGCACUAGAUGAAAUCCAGAUUAAUCAGAAAGAGGAUAUUUUGGUAAGUUCCGUGCUCCCAAGUAAACGAGAGACCAAAGAUAGGAUUUUCAAUAAACAAACAAAAUUGAUGAUGCGUGAAAAGCAUGCACGGAUGAAAGAAGAUCUAGAAAGGUACAAAAAUACUCAUGCCGUUGCCCAUUGGUUUCCUGAUGCCAUUGCUGGAGAUGCUAAUGCCAGAGCUGCAUUGGAGAUGGAAGCAGAUAUACUGAAUGAAGAGGGAGAAACAAUCCUUCAUGUUGAAGCAAAAAAGGGAGAUACAGAACGUGUACGAUAUAUUGUGAGAGAGUUUGCAAACAAAAACCUUUUGGUUAAGCUGGAUAGAUUAAAGCAGACUUCGCUUCACCUUGCAGCACAUCAUGGACACACCGAAGUGGUUGAGGUCCUCGUCAAUGCAGCCAGACAUUUGUCCUCUUCUUCAGCUAAUGAGGAUCCAGUUGGUUUCUUAAAUGCUUUUGUUAGGCAAGUGACUGCUCAAAAGCGGAACACUGCCUUACACGUAGCAGUCAAUAAGGGUAAUGUGGCUAUUGUUAAGCUCUUAGUAGAGGCGGAUCCAAGUGGUAGACAUUUUCCAAAUGAUGAAGCUCUGUGUUUAGAUGGCCCUGCUGGUAGUACGACAGCUUUGCAUGCUGCUAUUCUUAAUAUCCACCGAGCGAAGGAAGAAGACAGAGAUGUCAUUGGGAUGAUGAUCGAUGCAGCCAAACGCUGGAGUAAUGCAGAGGACAGACCAAAUGUCAGUUUUGAAGCAUUAUUUAAUAAAACUGACAUGUCCGGACACACUGUUUUGGAAUUAGCAGUAGACAGAAAUUAUGUGGAUACUGUUGAACUGAUCUUACGAGAAAAUCCUGCCUAUCAACAUGGUCGUGGAAGUAAAAAUAGUCUCAUGCGUUUAAUCUAUAAAGCCAUCGAUAAGGAGUACACAGACAUCGUCAGAUUGCUAUCUGAAACUUAUGAAGCUGGAAUUACCACCGGUCAUAAAGGUGUGGUUGCCCUGAUUAUUGCUAUUAACAGGCGUGAUGAAGAUUCUGUGAUACGCAUCUUGGGAGAAGCCAAACAUCUUGUAACUUUUGCCGAUGAUCAAGGGUGGACACCACUUCAUUAUGCUGCGUAUCAAGAAUUUGUUUCAAUACUUGAUGUCAUCAUAAAAGCGCUGAAGGAUGUUAAAUAUCAAUUUGUGUAUGGAGAUAUGGUAUCAACACCAUUUCAUCUAGCAGCUGAAUGCAAAUACACUUCGACGGUGAUAAGACUCAUGCAAUCAUGGCCAGCUUCAUCUUCUGCCUACACAGCUGUUAAUAAAAAUGGUCAGAAUAUACUACACUUGGCAGCAACUAACAAUAAAAAAGAGAUGAUACAGGGUAUUUUAAAGUAUUGUCCAGAAAAGUACAAGGACAAGAUUUUGGAACAGCAAGAUGCCAAUGGCGAUACACCUCUUCAUCUGCUCAUCUCCAAUGGCUGUUUCAUACCAGAACUCAUAAAACAUAAAGGACUUGAUACAAUGGCAAAAAACAAGAAAAAGUGGACUCCACGAGACAUGCUGUAUUUUCAAGAAGAAAUCAUUGCUGAUCAGGUACAAAUUAAAAUUGCGCUUGAUGAUGUCCAGACUACUAAGUCUUGGAAGUUUUGGGUAAAAAAUAUGGAGAAGAAAACGGAUAUUGAUGAGAGUUCAGUGCGCCCAAGUAGACGGGAGACAAAAGAUGUGAUAUUCAAUGAAGAAAAGAAAUUAUUGAUGGAUGCAAAGCAUGGACGCAUGAAGAAAGAUCUUGAAAGAUAUAAAAAGAGGACCAACACACAGAUAAUAGUUACCGCGCUUAUCACUACCGUGACUUUCACGGUAGGAUUUACGAUGCCGGGUGGUCUCCAUCAAAGUGGGGAAGUUGAUGAAGGAUUGGUGGUUCUGACACGGAAGACAGCUUUCAACGCAUUCAUGGUAUCAGACGCGUUAGCUUUGCUACUAUCAACAUGCUCUUUGUUUCUAUAUUUUCUCGAAUCUAUGUAUGAAGAUCCACACCAAGUGUCGAAGCUCAAUGCUGCAUCAGUUGGGCUCAAUAUUGUUUCCAUUAUGGCGAUGAUGUUGACCUUCAUUACAGGAACAUAUUUGGUGUUAUCUCACUCUCUAGCCAUUGCAAUAACUGUUUGCCUCAUAGGUUCCUUCUUCUUUAUUUUCGUCAUUGUUCUGCUGAUCAAGUUGGUAUAUGACCGUCAAGUAAAAAGGAAUGAAGACUGAAGUUGCUUGUCAUUUUAUUCAUCUGUUUAUAUGCAUUCAGUUUUUUUGAUGUGCUGUACAUGACUUCAGUUUAAAAGGCAUACUUAUCUGGAGAAA